AGGGUCUCGUUGAAAUUAUGUCCUCCUCGUCCGAGGUAGAGGAGAGUAGCCCCGAGGGAGCGUCGGAAUCAGACGCCGUGGAGUCAAUCGCCCCCACUACGAGCUUGAAGAGAAUCAGAACGACGAGGAGAGGAAUCUCAGGGGCUACUGACAGCGCGAUCUUUGCCAACUCCGAUGAUGCCAACAAGGUGGAUUUGCCGAGGUUGUUGCACAUGAACGAUUUCCAAGUCUCCGGCUUCCGAGGGAACCCUGUCGUGAUCGGUCUGUCGCUGCUGGGAACUCUCAUACUUGUCAUUAUAGCCGUUGCGAAGAAGGAUGAAUUUUUCUCGCAUACGGUGAUCACCAAGAGGUGGAUCACGAAUAACUUCACCUGGCUGUUUAUCGGCGCGCAGAACAUCUGGGUCUUGUUCAUAGCGUACAUCUGGCUCAUCCCCAAGUAUGGAUCGAUGAAGCUUGGGCACGAGGACACCAAACCUGAUUACAACACCGUCACCUGGUUUAUGAUGAUGUUCGGAACGGCGGGAACAGGAACUGGCCUUGUAUAUUACGGUGUUGGGGAGCCCAUUCUGCAUCUGGGAUACAAUAGAUACGUAGCUCGGGGAUACCUGACCUUCGACGAGAUCUCGCAGACGUCAAUCAACCUGGCGUACUAUCACUGGGGGAUCCACGCAUGGAUGUGCUACACCAUCGUCGGCCUGUCUACGGGAGUCGCGGCCUAUCGCCUUGGGCUUCCGCUCACUAUCCGCUCGUGUUUCUUCCCGAUCUUCGGGAAGAUGGUGUUUGGCUGGUUCGGAGAUGUAGUCGACACUCUGUCUGUAUUCACAACUCUCUUUGCAAUCUGCAUCAGCAUGGGGGUUGGAGCAAUCCAGAUCAAUACGGGUCUGAACAUGCUGUUCAACGUGAAUCAGAGCACGGGAGUCAAGGUGAUCCUGAUCGCGCUCAUGACCGUCCUUGGCGGCAUCUCAGCACACGCGGGGCUCCGGAGGGGAGUGAGGGUCCUCUCUAUUAUCUCCUUCUGUGUGAUGCUCAGCCUUCUCUUCAUGGCCCUGCUCGCCGACGACACCAAGUACCUCCUCAACCUCUUCUUCCAGUCUAUCGGCCACCACAUCCACACCUUCAUCGUGCUGGGUUCCCACACAGACGCCUUUGCCCAGCUCGGGAUCUCCGUCGACAAGAAGUCCGGCCCGCAGAUCUGGAUGGACUGGUGGACUAUCUUCUACUGGAGCUGGUGGGUAUCCUGGUCGCCAUUUGUGGGAAUGUUCAUUGCGAGGAUCUCCAAGGGGAGGACUAUCAAGGAGGUUAUCAAUGCUUCUUUGACAGGACCUGUCCUGUUCACGAUGGUUUGGUUCGCAGUGUUCGGGGGAGCAGGGCUGAGAAUGGAGAGGCUCGCCAUCCGUGACGGAUGUUUCGCUCGCUGCAAGAUCGUGAAGGACAACGUCGCCUUCUCCUCCGACUACUGCUCCUCCGCCCUCUACGGCAACAGCCUGGCCUCCAGCACCGCCAGGGUCGGCUACUUCGAGAUGGUCCCGUCUACUAUCAGAAACUGCUCAGACAUCCGGCAGCUGUCGACGAGGACCAUCGACGAGAUGUGGUUCGAUGUGAUAUCUCAGUACUCCAACAUCGGCAACUUCAUGAUUGUAAUCUCACUCAUCGCCAUGGUCCUUUCUGUCGUCACCACCAACGACUCCGGCUCUAUCAUCCUCAACUACAUCGGCUCCAACGGCGUCGGCGGGUCAGUGUGGUCCAGAAGCAGCUCUGGUCACUCUGGAUUGGCCUCGUGA